ACUAGUGUUAGCAUGGCUGAAAUUGGAAGGUCUGCAACCUGGCUCACAAACUGCACCAACACAACAAACCCUGCCCAUAACAGUGACUACUGGUGUUUUGCUAUCUUCUACGGAAGGACUGUUGCUGCCUCUUUGUCCAUUGCCGGCUGUUGCCUGGUGCUCUUCGUGAUAGUGAUCUACAAAAAAUACCGGAAUUUUACUCACAGAAUGAUAGUGUAUGUACUUCUGCCAUCAAUUGUUCUGUCCCUGAUCUAUGUUUACCCUCAUCGGCUGGAUGACACCAGUCGGUACUGUCAGAUAACAGGAUACCUUGUCAAUACAUGUACACUUGCUCAGAGGCUGCUGAUUCUCUUCAUUGUCAUCCAUCUACUGGUGUUUACAAUCAAUGAAAGGAGACCAAGAAACAUGGAACAUGUUUUCUUAUCGCUCGCUUGCAUUGUGCCGCUUUUAAUCAGUGUUUUUCCCUUCAUUGGUGAAAACAGUCACUAUGGUUAUGCGGGGGAUUGGUGCUGGAUCAAAGCAGAUUCUGGAUACGAGAAUUUGCUAAGGCUGUUUUGUCUUUACCUUUGGAUGCUCUCCUUUAUAGUGGUUGAGUUUGUAUGUUUCGUAAUUGUGAUUGUCAAAGUGCGCAGACACCUACAAAGAAUCGAAACCACUAGUGAAGAUAGCCCUGCAGUUCUACUAAAGAUCAGGCAGUACAAAAAGCAAGUUUAUCCUCUGCUGUGCUAUCCUCUUGUGAACAUGAUUCUAGUUAUUCCCGUUUCUGCCAACCGUAUUCAAAACGCGAUUGACAAGGAGAAUCCAAUUUUUGGCUUGUACAUGAUGCACUGCACGAUAUACCCUCUCUGGGGUUUUGCCAAUGCAAUGAUGUACUUUGUUAGUAAGGAAACUAUCAGAGAGCUACAUCCUGGCAGCCUCUGGGAGCAACUGACUACUUGGAGAAGAAGCUCCCGCUCGCGUUCAUCACAACAGCGGCUGUUAAGUUCGCCUCAAUCACCUCAACCGGAGAUAAAUAAAAUAUUCUGCAAGGCUGGCAGCAAGGGAACUAUAGGCCGUGAAGCUCUAUAUUCUGCAACUAUGGAUUCAAGUGAUAUGGAGUGACUUUUACAGGACCUUUUACAUAAUAUUAUGUACAUGUAAAAAGUGUACUUUAUUGUGUACAAUGUUGUGCUCUUCUAGAAGAACUUGAUUGGAAGGACAGUCACAAUAUUCCUUAUUCCUUAUUUAAUUAUUUGACAUUAGGAUUUUUGUUAUUUCUACAAUAUGGUUUUUAAAGUUAUUUUUGAUUUUCAAAUGAUUGAACACCUUCCAAAUGAUUUCAGCUUUCUUACAAAUUAUUUUAUUUUUGUUUUAAAUUUCACAGCUUUUGAGACGAAUUUUUACCAUACUGUUGAUGAUUUUUUUACCCGUGAUUAAAAUUUUUCUUGAACGUUUUGCUGACUUUUUGAGUGAUGAAUCAAUGAUAAUAAAAUAUCUUAAAAGAUUCGGUUUGCAAAUUAUUUAUUGGACAUGAUGCCGUUCGCUUCUGCUUCAUUCACUUUGCUGUCCUAACUAUUUACAUGUUGCUAAACAAAAAAUGACUGAAUUUGAAAGAUCUUUUCUUUAUUACCACGCUAUGGAUAUUGGAUACAUGAUAGUUAUUUUUUAUUUUAAAUGACUUCACCUUUUUUAAAUGAUUUCGUGUUUCAGCUGUCUUAAAAUGUAUUUUUGUUGACUUUUGAUAACUUUUUAAAAGACAUGACUACUCACCAUAAUUAACUUUUUCCUUAAACCCUCCUGUGACUUCAUAAUCAUUACUUGCUGUUUAAUAAAUCAAUCUUAAUAUCCUAUCUAA